AUGGAGGGCCAGUGCUUUGUUCCACUUGACACAGGCUUUACCUUUGCCUCCUCACCUGAUGCCCCCCUCACCCCUACAUCGUCUCCCCGAUCAGAGUGGAUGGAGUCUGGGCCUUUGGAUUUCAACCAUCUCUACAAUAACGCUUACCUCUGGAUCAACACGACAUUUUCAUCUCCCUCUUUCAUGUCAGACACUAUGAGACCUGAAGCUAGAGACCUAUCGUAUCAACAUGUUCAUCAACAAAAUAUCAGUAUGGAUUAUCAACAUAUGCAACAUACAAACACAGUCGACAUCGCUCCAGUCAGUCCGAUCAGUCCAUUCGCCAUACCCAACGCACCUGGAACAUGCGACAGUUACUCCGAUGUCAGUACGAUGCCAUCUCCCCAAGCUCUCUCUCGUCUUGGGAGCAUCUCAUCCAUGUCUUCGUGGUCUUGUUCCGUCGACAGCCCGUCUUCGGAUCACUCCGAGACGCGGCAUUCAGAUGUCUCAAACUGUCUUGGCCCGGAUCCUUAUGCCUCGCCCCUGCACACGUCCAGGUCGAUCUGCGAGAUGAGAUCCCCACCCGUGAUGCGCAACCUCUCAAAAGAAAACUCCGUGUCUCUUCAGCGGCGGGUUCCGAAACCAAGAGACCAGCCAUUCAGAGCCACCUUGCCUGCCGGAACAAAAAUUAUCAAAAAGGCAACGGGCGAGUGUGACUACCCAGGAUGCAACAAGGCAUUUCGCCGCAUUGAGCACCUCAAGCGACAUAAGCAAGCGAAACAUGGUGAAGGAGAGAACAACUUCUCCUGCGAGUUUUGCGGAAAGGAUAAUUUCAAUCGGUGGGACAAUCUGCAGACUCAUCGCAGGCUGCAUACGCGAAAUAACAAACGCUACCGCAGCAUCAAAUUUGUCCCUGCUGCUGUAGCCAUCAUUGAGGAGGAGGACCUUACCCGGAAGCGAAGAGUAACGCUUAGGUCUAGGCGGUGA